UAUAGGCUCUGUAGGAGCCUAUUGUUUACUGUUUAUUGUUGAUUACUGUUUUUCAUUAUUGUAUAAGUAUGUGUUUAGUGUGAAGAUAAUAAUAUGAAAAAGAGAGUUUCUUUCUCUUAAUUCUCCAAAAUGGUAUCAAGAGCCAAGCACCGGGGCUCUCUUCUGUAGACGCCAUCAACCACCAGCCGCCGCCGUCGCCGCCGUUUUCGCCGUCGCCGUCGCCGUCGCCGCCGCCGGCGCCGGUACCCCAUUUUCUCAGGAAAAUUUAGGGGUUUUGUGCGCCUCCGUGAGCGCGACCCAACCCUGGUGGUCGCCGUCCCUGCAAAGCCCUCACGCGCUGCCACGCGCCGCCGCAGCCCGCCAGAUCUCGCGCGCGUACUGUUCACGCGCCGCCCUACGCUGGUCGGAAUUUCACCGCGCAUCUAGGGUUCCGCUCGCCUCACUCUCCUGAGCCUAUAUCUGAUCUUACUUCCCUGUUUCAGUGGGUGUAAUUGAUACCUAGGGUUUUCUCUCUCCCAAUAGUUGAAUAUCUCUCCAAGUCUGGUUCAUUUUCCGAUCUGUAAUGGCAUCUACUGCAAUUAAUUCCUCUCUAUCUGCAACUCCUAUCAUUACAUCUGCAAAACUCAACUGGAAAAAUUAUUUAUCUUGGUCUUCUGCAGUGGAAUUAUGGUUUCUUGGUCAAGGACACCAUGAUCAUCUAGAACAAGAUAUCUCUAUGGUUCCAGAUGAAGAAAAAUCUCAAUGGCAAAAAUUGGAUUUUCAGUUAUGCGCAAUUUUGUGGCAGUCAGUGGAGCAAGAGGUUUUAGAUAUCUUGAGACCCUAUAAAACAUGUUCAUCAUUCUGGAAGAGGGCAGAAGAUAUUUUUGCAAAUGAUGUACAACGUCUUUUUGAUGCAACCCAAAGAGUAGCUUCUCUAAAACAAGUCAACCAUGACAUGGUUUCUCAUAUAGCAAAGGCUCGGGCUGCUGUAGAAGAAUUAAAGAACUUCUUUGUAGCUGAUUCAUUAGAAGGGAUCAAUAAAAAGCUUGACAAGUUUUACAUGGUCCUAAUUCUAAGAAGCUUACACUCCGAUUAUGAUCAUGUACGUGAUCAAGUUUUAGCUGGUGAUCAAAUCCCUUCAAUGGAUGGUUUGGUUACUCGACUUCUUCGAGUACCUCCAUUGGUGAAAGAUGAGAAUUCAAUCGAUGUUAUUGGAACAUCAGCUAUGAUAAUGCCACAAGGAAGAGGAGGAGGCAGAAGCAACCGAGGACGUGGUGGUCGUAGCAUACGUCCUCCUCCUCAAUGCACAUACUGUAAGAAACUAGGCCAUACUCGAGACAAAUGUUAUGUUCUACAUGGAUAUCCAGACAAAGUUGCUCAUGUGUCUAAAUCUGGUGAUCUAGAAUCCAGAAUUUCAAAUGAAGAAUAUGAAGAAUUUUUACGUUACAAAUCUGGAAAACCGUCUAAUCCUGGCCAAUCCUCUGUCAUGACUAGUGUGCCUACAGCCAGCCUAUCUCAAUCUGUGGAAGGUCAUAAUCCAUGGAUUCUGGACUCAGGUGCCUCAGACCAUAUCUCUGGAACAUGGGACAGGUCGUCUGAUUGGAGAAGGACAUGAGUCUCAAGGACUUUAUUUCUUAAAACCUCAUUCCUCAGUUUCCUGCUUUACCACUUCAUCCCCCAAACUUCUGCAUGAUCGUCUAGGCCAUCCAAGUUUGUUCAAGUUGAAGAUGAUGGUUCCAAGUCUCAAAAAAUCCAAGUCUUAGAUUGUGAAUCUUGUCAAUUAGGAAAACAUGUUAGAUCUUCCUAUCCUAAAAGAUCUGAGACACAGUGUGAUUUUCCUUUCUCAAUAAUUCAUUCAGAUAUUUGGGGACCAAGUCGUGUUACUUCAUUUGGUUUUAAUUAUUUUGUAACCUUUAUUGAUGAAUUCUCUCGAUGUACUUGGGUUUAUUUAAUGAAAGAGAGAUCUGAACUUUUGUCCA